UUAUAGAGAGAAAAAAAAAGAGAGAGGGCAGAGCUAUAAAUGCAGGACCACUGGCGAGUCUGAUCAGGGCGAGGAGUAGAUGUACAUGUAUAUAAAUUGAAUGAACCAUGAAUCCUCAAUCACACUUGGACGUAUAGUUGAGUUGAGUCUCCGCUGUCUGCUCGGCCUUACAUGCGCCUCAUCUUAGGGUUACGGUUUUGAGGAGGCGGUUUGGCGAUGUGGAACUCCGCGGCGAACCUCUCGGCGAGGUCGGCGUCCUUCAGGGAGGACGGCGACGACGAGGAGGCUCUCCGGUGGGCGGCGCUCGAGAGGCUGCCCACCUACGCCCGUGUUCGGAAGGGGAUUUUCAAGAGCAUUGCCGGAGACGCCAGGGAGAUCGAGGUUGAGAAGCUUGAGGUUCAGGAGCGCAAGGUUGUGCUGGACCGGCUGGUGAAUUCCGUCGAGGACUCUGAGAGAUUCUUCGACCGGAUGCGCCGGCGUUUACACUCGGUAGAUAUUGAAUUUCCAAAGAUUGAGGUUCGAUUUGAGCAUCUGACUGUGGAGUCUUUUGUUCAUGUUGGAAGCAGAGCACUUCCUACUAUUCCAAAUUUCAUUUUUAACAUGACUGAAGCUUUCUUAAGGCAGUUGAAAAUAUUCCCAGGCAGGAGAAGAAAGUUGACAAUUUUAGAUGAUAUUAAUGGGAUCAUUAGACCUUCCAGAUUAACACUGCUUUUGGGUCCUCCAAGCUCUGGAAAAACAACUCUGCUGUUAGCGCUUGCUGGCCGCCUUGGGCCUGAUCUGCAGAUGUCAGGGAGAAUUACGUACAAUGGACAUAGUUUAAAUGAGUUUGUUCCUCAGAAGACAGCUGCUUAUGUCAGUCAACAAGAUUGGCAUGUAGCAGAGAUGACUGUGAGGGAGACUCUUGACUUCUCAGCUCGUUGUCAAGGUGUUGGAUAUAAAUACGAUAUGCUUCUGGAGCUUUCACGAAGAGAGAAGAUUGCUGGAAUAAAACCUGAUGAAGAUCUUGAUAUACUCAUGAAGGCAUUAGCUUUGGGAGGCCAAUAUACAAACCUUGUUGUGGAGUAUAUUUUAAAGAUUUUAGGGUUGGACAUUUGUGCGGACACACUGGUUGGAGAUGAAAUGCUCAAAGGAAUCUCUGGGGGCCAGAAGAAACGGCUUACUACUGGUGAAUUGUUAGUGGGUCCAUCUAGGGUGUUGUUUAUGGAUGAAAUAUCCACUGGGCUUGACAGUUCAACAACCUAUCAAAUCGUCAAGUAUCUUAGGCAUUCAACUCAUGCACUAGAUGGAACCACAAUUAUCUCCCUGCUACAACCUGCUCCCGAGACUUAUGAGUUGUUUGAUGAUAUUAUACUUGUGUGUGAGGGCCACAUUGUUUACCAGGGGCCUCGUCAUACUGCCCUUGAGUUUUUCUCAUUUAUGGGAUUUUAUUGUCCUGAGCGGAAGAAUGUGGCAGACUUUCUUCAAGAAGUUGUGUCAAAGAAGGACCAAGAACAGUAUUGGGCUAAUCCUGACCACCCUUACCGGUACAUACCUGUUGUGAAGUUUGCUGAAGCUUUUCGUUCAUAUCGUGCUGGGAAGAAUUUGUCUGAGGAACUGAAUAUUCCAUUUGAUAGACGUUAUUGUCAUCCAGCAGCCUUGUCUACUUCCCGUUAUGGCACAAGGAGGCAGGAACUUCUUAAGAUCAACUUUAACUGGCAGUUGCUACUGAUGAAACGUAAUUCAUUUAUCUAUGUUUUUAAAUUCAUUCAGCUCCUUUUUGUUGCUUUGAUUACGAUGACUGUUUUCUUCCGAACGAAACUACAUCAUAAUACAAUUGAUGAUGGAGGCAUCUAUCUCGGGGCACUGUACUUUGCGAUGGUUAUUAUCCUUUUUAAUGGCUUUACUGAGGUCUCCAUGUUGGUAGCAAAACUUCCGGUUAUUUACAAGCAUAGGGACUUGCACCUCUAUCCAUGCUGGGCAUAUACACUUCCUUCUUGGCUCCUAAGCAUCCCAACUUCACUUAUAGAGUCUGGUUUCUGGGUGGCAGUUACAUAUUAUGUAAUUGGAUAUGACCCUAAUGUUAUACGAUUCUUUCGUCAGUUCCUAUUAUAUUUCUUUCUGCACCAGAUGUCUUUAGCUCUUUUCAAAGUGAUGGGCUCCUUGGGUCGAAAUAUGAUAGUUGCUAAUACAUUUGGAUCUUUUGCCAUGUUGGUUGUAAUGGGUCUUGGAGGAUACAUAAUUUCAAGAGACAACAUUUCGAGCUUCUGGAUCUGGGGCUUUUGGGUUUCUCCUUUAAUGUAUGCUCAAAAUGCAGCUUCUGUGAAUGAAUUUCUUGGGCAUUCUUGGGAUAAGAAAGCUGGAGACCAUGGUAAUGGGUCACUAGGUGUGGCAUUGCUGAAGGCACGCAGUUUGUUUCCACAGAGCUAUUGGUAUUGGAUUGGGAUUGGCGCUUUGCUUGGAUAUACUGUUUUGUUCAACCUUCUUUUCACAAUUUUCCUAACUUAUCUUAAUCCUUUGGGGAAGCGUCAAGCUGUUGUUUCUGAGGAAGAGCUCCAGGAGAGAGAGAGGAGACAAAAAAGCGAACCUGUCGUUAUUCAGCUAAGAGAAUACUUGCAGCAUUCAGGCUCAUUUACAGCAAAAACUUUUAAUCAGAGGGGCAUGGUUCUUCCAUUUCAACCGCUUUCCAUGUCUUUUGGCAAUAUCAAUUAUUACGUGGAUGUUCCUCUUGAAUUGAAGCAGCAGGGGGUCUUAGAAGACAAACUGCAACUGUUGGUUAAUAUUACCGGAGCAUUCAGGCCGGGGGUGCUAACUGCUUUAGUUGGAGUAAGUGGUGCUGGCAAAACCACCCUCAUGGAUGUCUUGGCAGGUAGAAAAACUGGUGGAGUAAUAGAAGGGAGCAUUCAUAUAUCUGGUUAUCCUAAAAAGCAAGAAACUUUUGCCAGAAUAUCUGGUUACUGUGAGCAGAAUGACAUUCACUCCCCUUGUUUGACUGUUGUUGAGUCUCUUCUUUUCUCUGCUUGGCUGCGGUUGGCAAAAGAUGUUGACCUGGAAACACAAAAGGCAUUUGUUGAGGAGGUAAUGGAACUCGUGGAGCUCACCCCAUUGAGUGGGGCGUUAAUUGGUCUGCCUGGUGUUGAUGGUUUGUCAACUGAGCAAAGAAAACGAUUGACCAUCGCUGUUGAACUGGUUGCCAACCCUUCCAUUGUUUUCAUGGAUGAACCUACGUCAGGAUUGGAUGCAAGGUCUGCAGCCAUUGUCAUGAGGACUGUGAGGAAUAUAGUAAAUACUGGGCGAACAAUUGUGUGCACAAUUCACCAGCCCAGCAUUGAUAUUUUUGAAUCGUUUGAUGAGCUCUUAUUCAUGAAGCGUGGAGGACAGGUUAUUUAUGCAGGUCCACUUGGCCCCAAGUCUUGCAAGCUCAUUGAGUACUUUGAGGCAAUCGAAGGAGUGCCAAAGAUCAGACCUGGAUACAAUCCUGCUGCAUGGAUGUUAGAGGUUACUUCAUUAGCAGAGGAAGACCGUCUUGGCGUGGAUUUCGCAGAAGUUUACCAAAGAUCAUAUCUAUUUCAACGCAACAGAGAGCUGGUUGAUAGUUUAAGCAGACCAAAUAGAGAGGCAAAGGAUUUGAUUUUUCCGAGCAAGUAUUCUAAGUCAAAUUUUGACCAGUUUUUAGCUUGUCUUUGGAAGCAAAAUCUAUCAUAUUGGAGAAACCCACAAUACACUGCAGUUCGCUUCUUCUACACUGUCAUCAUUUCGUUGAUGCUUGGAACAAUAUGCUGGAGAUUUGGCUCUAAAAGGGAGACACAGCAGGACAUAUUUAAUGCCAUGGGAUCCAUGUAUGCGGCAGUUCUUUUCAUUGGAGUAACCAAUGGCACUGCUGUCCAGCCUGUUGUCUCUGUUGAAAGGUUUGUUUCAUAUAGAGAGAGAGCUGCGGGGAUGUAUUCAGCACUGCCAUUUGCAUUUGCUCAGGUUGCCAUUGAGUUCCCUUACGUUUUUGCACAGACAGUUAUAUACUGCACAAUUUUCUACUCCAUGGCCGCAUUCGAGUGGACUAGCUCAAAAUUUAUUUGGUACACGUUCUUCAUGUAUUUCACCGUACUGUACUUCACCUUCUACGGAAUGAUGACAACUGCCAUCACACCAAAUCAUAACGUGGCUGCCAUCAUUGCCGCUCCUUUUUACAUGCUUUGGAACCUCUUCAGUGGAUUGAUGAUCCCUCAAAAGAGGAUUCCCAUAUGGUGGAGAUGGUACUACUGGGCAAACCCUGUAGCCUGGAGCCUCUAUGGACUUCUGGAGUCGCAGUACGGGGACAGUAACAGACAUGUGAAGCAAUCGGAUGGAGUAAGCUCGAUACCUGUCAGGCUCUUACUUCAGAACGUCCUAGGCUUCCGGCAUGAUUUCCUAGGUAUUGCCGCUUUGUUGGUCGUUACGUUUUGCAUGAUGUUUGCGGUGAUUUUUGCAUACGCGAUAAAAUCUUUGAACUUCCAGAAGAGAUAACAAAGGUGGAUGAUGCAACUCCAUCACUAUUUCUUCUCCUCCUUGUGUCCAUAAUAGGUAAUACUGAUCAGUUCACACAGUAGCUAUAUGAAUAAUGGCGAUACCCAUAUGGCUACCUAAUUGGAGUGGAAUUGCUUGAUAUGCAUAGCUAAAUACUUUUGUUACUUUGACAAUAAUUUUAUUUUCCUUGUGGAAGAUUAUAAGUUUUACGUGCAUUGUAAAUUCACUACCUUUGGCUGUGAGUUUUCCUCAUUUUGAUGCAAUCAAACAAAUUUUGAGCUUUCCUUACAAAUUUAAUGUAUCAAGGAAUAUGUAACCCUUAA